AUGUCUAAAAGAUCGUUGGAUAGAGAUGAAGAGGAUAGAGUAGUAUCCGCAAGAACGGAAAAUAAUGGUGGACCAGCUGUUAAAGGUUCAGCUGACGGAGACUCAGAUAUGAUUGAUGAUGGUCAAUUCAGCGAUGCUUUUGAAAGUGAUGAAGAAAUUGUAGAACUUGAUGACGAUGAUAUUGAUGUAGAGGAUGAAGGUGAAUUGUUAGAAGUUUCCGAAGAGAAAGCGGCAGAAAUGUUAAAAAGGGAUCAAGAAGCUGAUAAUGUAGCUAAUGGUGGUAAAGAACUAUAUUUACCAAAUAUAUCUCGUCCUUUGGGACCUGAUGAAGUUCUGGAAGCUGAUCCAACUGUGUAUGAGAUGUUACAUAAUGUUAAUCUUCCAUGGCCAUGUAUGACUUUAGAUAUUAUUCCUGAUACACUUGGUUCCGAACGUAGAAGUUAUCCACAAUCUAUACUAAUGACAACUGCAACUCAGGCCUCUAAGAAAAAGGAUAAUGAAAUGAUUGUUUUAUCUCUAACUCAAUUGAAUAAGACUUUAGUAAAGGAAGAUGGUACAGAAGAUGACGAGGAGGAGGAUAAUGAGGAUAAUGAUGAUGAUCCAAUUAUUGAAAAUGAAAAUAUACCACUUAGAGAUACAACUAAUAGAUUAAAGGUUUCACCUUUUGCCCAAUCUAAUCAAGAAGUUCUUACUGCAACAAUGAGUGAAAAUGGUGAAGUUUAUAUUUUCGAUAUUGGCCCACAAUCAAGAGCUUUUUCUACACCUGGCUACCAAAUUCCAAAGACAGCUAAGAGACCAAUACAUACAAUUAAGAACCACGGAAAUGUCGAAGGGUAUGCUUUGGACUGGUCUCCAAUGAUUAGAGGCGGUGCAUUAUUGACUGGUGAUUGCUCUGGUCAAAUUUAUUUGACUCAAAGGGGUACCUCAAAAUGGAAUACUGAUAAACAACCAUUUAGUGUUGGCAACAACAAAUCUGUCGAAGAUUUACAAUGGUCUUCUACUGAAAAUACAGUCUUUGCAUCUUGUGGUGUUGAUGGUUUUAUAAGAAUCUGGGAUACUAGAUCAAAGAAACAUAUUCCAGCUCUUUCAGUCAAGGCUUCUAAUACAGAUGUGAACGUUAUCAGUUGGAGUUCGAAAGUGGGCUAUUUAUUGGCAAGUGGUGAUGAUAACGGUUCUUGGGGUGUUUGGGAUUUGAGACAAUUCUCCGCGGAUAAUAUCAAUAAUGUACAACCUGUUGCACAAUAUGAUUUCCAUAAAGGUGCUAUUACUUCAAUUAGUUUUAACCCAUUGGAUGAAUCUGUGAUAGCAGUGGCAUCUGAAGAUAAUACUGUAACGCUAUGGGAUUUAUCUGUGGAAGCAGAUGAUGAAGAAAUUAAACAGCAAAAGGCAGAGACUAAAGAAUUGGAACAAAUUCCACCACAACUUCUUUUUGUUCACUGGCAAAAAGAAGUUAAAGAUGUUAAAUGGCAUAAGCAAAUUCCAGGUUGUUUGGUAAGUACAGGUACUGAUGGUCUAAACAUAUGGAAGACCAUUAGUGUAUAA